CCCCACAGCAGUGGACACUUCCUGGGUGCCAAGUACUUAGAAUCAAUUCAUCUCACCCUCACAACAGCCCAUAAGGCGGGGCCAACACUGUCUGGCUGGUGAGACUGCUUUCAGGGAGGAGAGACACCUUGCCUAAGGGCCCCAGGCUGGGAUUGGAACCUGAGCUCUCAGACUCCACAGCCCAGACUCUUAGGCACUGCACUGCCCAUGUCUCAGCCUGCACCUCCUGUUCUCUCUGCUCUUCCUGGCUGACCCUGUGCUGGGCUCCGGGAUCCCAGAGAGGAGUAAGGCACACCCAUGCCCCUGGGUGUUACUGCAGGGGUCUAACACACAGAGCCCCUGUGUGUGCCAGCUGCUGUGUGGGGGCCACAGCUGUGGACCAGUCAGAUGCUCACCUGCCCUCCAGAGGGGGUGCUCAGUCUAGGGGAGACCUCAGACCAGGUCACACAGAUAAUCAUGUGGUUCCACAUUAAUUAAUCACAGAUAAUAGUGGAAUUCUAUAAGACAUCAACUAGGUGGACCAGGGUUCUGUGCAAGAGUUGAGGGAGCGGGUGGUCUGAGCUUGCUGUGGCAGGAUGGCUGGAUCCAGGGGCUCAGGGGCUCCCCUCUUGCUGUGCUUUGCGCUGUGCUGGCCUCAGCUCCGGGGAGGUUGUCUCUAAUGCGGAGUGUGAGAGGUUGAGGAGAGGGCAGCAGCGUCCAUCAACAGAAAACAUGUCUGCUCCUUCCUGGCCAGUCUAACCCAGAAGUGCACUUCACUGGCCUGCCUUGAGUCACAUGUCCUUCCCUGAGCCUGUCACAUGGCCGGUUGGAUUUACAAUACAUUGAUGGAUAGAGUCUGGGAUGCUUGCCUGGGUAGGAGGGGGAACUCCCUGGACUGAGAAGCAGUGGUUCCCAAAGAACAAUUGAGGUUCCCACUUUAGACAAAAAUCAACUCAAAAUGGCCUGUAAAAACCUGAAGUGAGCCGGACGUCGUGGCUCAUGCCUGUAAUCCCAGCACUUUGGUUGGCCAAGGCGGACCACCGUGACUUCAGGAGUUCAAGACAAGCCUGGCCAAUGUAGUGAAACCCCGUCUGUACAGAAAUACAAAAAAAUUAGCCAGGCAUGGUGGUGCACGCUGUAGUCCCAGCUACUUAAGAAGCUGAGGUGGGAGGAUCACUUGAGCCCAGGAGGCAGAGGCUGCAGUGAACUGAGAUUGUGCCACUGCACUCCAGCCUGGGCGACAGAGUGAGAUCCUAUCUUAAAGGAAAAAAAAAACAAAAACCUGCAAUGGUAACACUACUUGAAGGAAACAUAUGGGGAAAGUUCUAGUCUGGGCAAUGAUUUCUUGGAUAGGACCCCAAAAGCAAAGGCAUCAAAAGCAAAAACAGACAAAUGGGAUGGCACCCGACUAAAAAGCUUCUGCAGAGCAAAAGAAACAACAAAGUGAAGAGAGAGACUAUAGGAUGGGAGAAAAUCUUUGUAAACCAUACAUCUGAUAAGGGGGCUAAUAUCCAAAAGAAACAAGGAACUCAAGAAACAAAUAUCCCAAUUUAAACAUGGGCAAAGGACCUGAACAUCCAUUUCUCAAAAGACACGUGAAAAAAUGCUCAAUAUCGCUAAUCGUGCAGGAAAUACAAGUUAAAAUCUCAAUGAGAUACCACCUCACACCUGUUAGAAAAGCUACUACCAAACCAUGGGAAGUAACAAAUGCUCGUGAGGAUGUGGAGGAAAGGGAAGCCUUAUGUGCUGUUGGUGGGAAGGUAAAUGAGCACAGCCAUUUUGGAAAAUCAUAUGGCAGUCCCUUAGAACACUAAAAAUAGAGCUACCGUGUGAUCCAGCAACCCCACUUGUGGGUAGUAUCCACAGGAAUUGAAGUCAGCAUGCUGAAGAGGUGUCUGCCUCCAUGUUCACUGCAGUGCCAUUCAUAGCAGCUAAGACACGGCAGCAACCCGACUGCCCAGCAUCAGACGGAUGGAUAGGAUGGUCUGUCUACACUGUUCAGCCUUAACAAAGAUGGACAUUCUAUCAUUUGUGACAACAUGGAUGAACCCGGAGGACGAUAUGCUAAGUGAAAUAAGCUAGGCACAGAAAGAAGAAUACUAUACGGUCUGAUUUUUAUGUGGAAUCUGAAAAAGUUGAACUCCUAGAAGCAGAGAGAAUGGUGGUCGCCAGGGGCUGGAGAGUGAGGGACUAGAGAUGGGGAGAGGGGAGACAUUGCACUUAGGGUACAAAGUUCCAGUCAGGAAGAGUAAGCUGAAGGCCCUGUUGCACAGCAUGACAAACAUCCCUAACAAUAGCGCCUUGUGUGUUUCACAGUUGCCUGAAGAGUACAUUUUAAGUGUUCUUUUCUUCAUUAGCCUGACUGACCCCUUCUACAAUGCAUAUUGUAGAAAUCGCAUUUCUACACAUAUCACAUCAGAACACCAUAUUGUACCCCAUACACACCUAUGGUUAUGUUGAUUAAAAAUUAAAAGAAUAACUGGGGAGAAGAGAGGAGAGGGAAUGCUGGAUGAUUAAAACCAGCCAAGAUCCCCUGCAGGAGGUGACCCAGAAACCAAAGGUCCCCACAUGGUAUCAGCGAUGCUUCUUCACCCCUUCUCCGAGGCCGGGUGUGUUCCCGCCAGCCCCAGUCCUCAGGCCUUUCUCUGAGUCUCCGCCCCCCCGUCUGGGUCCCCAUGGCGGGCACUGCGGCAGCAGGUGGGCAGCCUCCCCGGGUUAGCAUGCAGGAGCACAUGGCCAUCAAUGUGAGCCCAGGCCCCAUCCGGCCCAUCCGCCUCAUCUCCCACUACUUCCUGCACUUUUACCCUUUUGCGGAGCCUGCCCCGCACCCUCCGGACCUGCGCCCCGCAGCGGCGUCCACCAUCUGCUCUGCACCCCAGCUGCAGCCCGACCCAGAGCCAGAAGGAGACUCAGACGACAGCACUGCCCUGGGCACCCUGGAGUUCACAUUUCUUUUUGAUGCGGACAACAGUGCCCUGCACUGCAGGGCUCAUCGUGCCAAGGGCCUCAAGCCAUUGGCCUCAGGCUCCGUGGACGCCUAUGUCAAAGCCAAUCUGCUGCCAGGGGCCAGCAAGGCCAGCCAGCUUCGGACACGCACCGUUCGGGGCAUGAGGAUACCUGUCUGGUAGGAGAUACUCACCUAUCACGGCUUCACCCGCCAGGAUGCUGCAUGCAACACCCGUAGGCUGUGUGUGUGCGAGGACCCAUGGCUGCGGCGACGGCAGCAGGUGCCUCCCCUGGGGGAGCUGCGGGUGCCCCUGAGGAAGCUGAUGCCAAACCGAGCCAGGAGCUUCAACAUCUGUCUGGAGAAGCGGAGGCUGGCCAAGAGGCCCAAGAGCCUGGACACAGCCCACGGCAUGUCCCUCUAUGAGGAGGAGGUGGAGACAGAGGUGGCCUGGGAGGAACAUGGGUGCAUCCUGCUGUCACUGUGCUACAGCUCUCAGCGGGGUGGCUUGCUGGUGGGUGUGCUGCGCUGCGCCCACCUGGCCCCCAUGGAUGCCAACAGUUACUCAGACCCCUUCGUGCGCCUUUUCCUGCAUCCGAAUGCAGGGAAGAAAUCUAAAUUCAAGACCAGUGUUCGCAGGAAGACCCUGAACCCUGAGUUCAAUGAGGAAUUCUUUUACUCAGGCCCACGGGAGGAGCUGGCCCAAAAGACGCUGCUGGUGUCCGUGUGGGACUAUGACCUAGGCACGGCUGAUGACUUCAUUGGCGGGGUGCAGCUGGGCAGCCAUGCCAGUGGGGAUUGCCUGCGCCACAGUGACCACUGCCUGGAGCUGUGGCACCCGCUGGACAGCAAGCCUGUCCAGCUCAGCGACUAGCCCAUGGGCCCUGACUGCCGCCCCUCCACUACAGCUGCCUGAAACGUCCCCACAAAAAUGGUGGAGGCUGGGGCUGCCUUACCCAUCAUGCCCAGCCCCAAGUCAGAGAGGUGUUUCCUCUCUCCCCGCCUUCACAUUCACCCCACCCCAAAUCAUGGAGCCUAAAUAAACAUCUCCUUCAAGCCAGACAAGACCCUGUCCUUUCUCUGGCCAUGGGCCAGACUGGACCCUGUUCUCCC